CCUACUUUGGUUGGUUGAUAAGAGUAAAAGUAAAACGACUUUAUUUUUUAUGAGAUGAUACUCGGCCAUCCCAGUACGUUGCACUAGAUAAAUAGAGUACUCUUGAAUUGUACACCAAGAUAUUACAGGCUGUUGACAUGAACGUGGCUGAUACUUCUGGUUGUCCAGAAGUUACGGUGAAGAUUGAACCUGAGUAUGAAGAUCAAGAAUCCAGUUCUAAUUCUACUGACAUCAACAAAGAUUCACAAUUUGUCAACAUAAUGGAUGAUAACAUAGAUAUAAAAGAGGAACCCCUAGAAGCAUCCCCAUCUACAAUCCAGACUGGCAAGGAUACUAUUAGAGACAACAGUGAACUAAGUAUAAUUGAUGAAAGAGACAUCAGUCAAGUAAAUAAAACGGUUGAAAAAUACAUCAGUCAAGUGAAUAAAACGGUUGAAAAAGACAGCAGUCAAAUUAAGGAAAUGAACACAUUCCAUAACUGUGAAGAAGAGCUUCAAUCACUAACGUUACUUCAGAAGCAUCAUGAAAAUGGAGAAAAGAAAUCGCCACGUCAGUGCAAUGUUUGCUUGAUAAAGUUCAAAAGCAAACAGGUUAUGCUGAAUCACAAAAAAACACACAGUGACCGUAAAAAAUUUGUGUGCAAUGAAUGUGAGAAAGAAUUCACAGCUAAGGCCAGCUUAAAGCAGCACAUCGGGAAAAUACAUAAUCAAAUUCACCGACAUAAAUGCCAAGUUUGCGGUGAUAGAUUUGAGAACUCAAAUCUCGCAAUGGCUCACAUGAAAACGCACACGGAAUACAAAUGUAAUAAGUGCGACGAAAGUUUCUCGGAUUCAGCUAUGUUUGAUGAUCAUAAAGUAACAUGCCGUUUACAAAAUAAACCCUAUAAAUGUAAACUUUGCGAUAAAAGAUAUAAUAAAAACGCGUGUUUACAAAAACAUGUAAAAUCACAUUCAGAGAAAAAAGCGAGUUCUCAUAAGUGCCUAGUCUGCCUAAAAGACUGUUACAAAGCACACAAAUUGAAAAUUCACUCUAGAAUACAUACCGGGGAGAAACCGUUCAAGUGCAAUGUUUGCGAUAAAGCAUUUUCAAGGUUAGAUACAUUGUUGCAUUCCCACAUGCCCACGCACACAGGCGAGAAACCACACGAAUGCGAUGUUUGUAAAAAGAAAUUUGUGACAUCGACAAAACUAGCUUACCACAAGAGAACACACUCUGGCGUGAAGCCGUAUGAAUGUAAAUUGUGCAAUAAAAGAUUUACCGUUUCAGCAGAAGUGGGAAGACAUUUGAAAAAUCACCAUCGAAGCAAAUUGAAGUUCAAAUGCGAUUUAUGUGAUGAUUCUUUUUCGUUGGAAAAAAAUCUUAAAUCACACAUAAAGAAAAAACAUGCCUAAAAUAAAUAAUGAGUGGUGUUAAUAAUAUUUAUCAUGAUGAACUCGAUUGCAA